AUGUUUUUCUGUUGCUGCUGGCCAAUUGGAAAAUGUGCAAAGGUAAGUGAAAAGUGCAAUGGUAGUCACACAUGGGAACUUUCCCACCACUUCUGAUCGAGUAUAAAAGUCUCCGGAUACUCUCUUAGCAACUAAGCGUCAGGCAAAACCCCGUGACUCUCAUUCUCUUGUACUCAAACUGAAGUAGUGUCAAUUCAAACAACGCCGUGCUCCCUUCCGUUCCCAUUUGUGAAAUGCUCCAGGUGCUCGCCUUCUUCGACACUCUGAUCGUCGCCGUCUUUGCUUACAAAUCCUUCGGCAUGCUGAUGGACACUUUCAAUAACUUGUAAGUCGUUUUUUAAUCUCCUCGACGUCUUCAUCUUUUUCUUCCAGGCAUUGGACGACUAUUCUGUCGUUCCUAUUCUUUACUAGUUUCCUAAUCUGCCAUAUCCUCGGAACCGUGUUCAUUGUCCUGGCUCAUCAGAAAAAGAUUGCCAGAUACUGCCUUCCAAGGUACGCGUCCAACUAAUACCACCUUUACUAAGACUUCCUAAUUCCAGACUUGUGCUCAUCUCUGGUCUGACCGUUUGCUCCAUUAUCGUGCUCAUUUUCAUGGCCACCUACUUUGCCGGUUCUGCCCAGUCCGUGAACGCCUUCCUCUUCCGCGUAUACGAAUACUUCUUCGGGGUUCCACUCACUGACUCUGACAAAGUGGAGCUGAAGCACGAGCUCCGCUACUACGGUGUCGCAUUUUUCCUUCUCGCCUUCUUGUUUUUCAUCUACAAGUGAGCGGCAGGAAAUUUACAUUUCUCUUCAAAACAGGAACCUUCUUCCAGCGUCUUCGAGCUGUGGCUCACCAUCAAAUUCAAACAAACUCUCAACGAUUUCGAGCCGGUGCCGACUGAGCCGACAGCUCCGCAAUUGUCUCACAAUCCCGCCUUCGCGGAGCCCCCACUCAAGUCCUAUCCGAAUAUGGCCUAA